GCCCACGAGAAGCGCCAGCUGGAGGAGAGGCAGGCUUGGAUUGAGGAACGAACACGAUUGGAGUCUUACUGCAGCGAGCAGGAGAAGCAGCUGGAUGCAAAGCAGGUGAGUCUGGAUCAGCUGCAUCGGCAAAUCGCCGUGUCAGAAACAGCCCUCACUUCGAAGGUCAGCGAGACCCAAAGCUUGGAUCAGGUGGUCGCCGAACUUCAGCGGCAGAUGCGCGAGUCGGACGAUGCCCUUGCUGCAGCAGUCCGCAGCAAUGAAGAUCUCCGAGGGCAGCUGGAUGAGCAGCGCUUGCGUUUCCAGGACAAGAACAACCUUGAGCUGACUGACUGUCGGGGCUCCUGCGAGCGUCGCCUCACCGAAAACCGGCGGGCAGACGAGGUGGAGUCAGCCUUGGCACUGCGGCAGAUCGAGGCCAUGGAAGAUGAGAUCAGAGCUUCUGACGAGUACGUGUGCCGCAGCAUUGAGCCAGCUCAUCCCCAGCAUCCUUCUCGAGCUUCGCACACUGCUGAACAUCAGCCCUCGGCCAUGGAUAAGUACCGCAGAGUGCCAAAGCCCAAGGAAGAGAUUGUCAAGAGUGAUGAGGAGAUCCGUGUGACUGCUGCUGGCAGUGUCUCAGCUUACGUUUCCCGCGCUGCAACGGUCUUCAACGACCUAGGCAAGUCCUUCGUCAUCAUUCAGGCGACCGGCAACGCGCUGACCAAGGCUGUUACUACUGCUGAAGUCAUCAAGCGCCGAUUCAAGGGUCUGCAUCAGAUCACUAACAUCGGCACCACCGACAUCGUGGACGAGUACGAACCCAUUGAAGAAGGCCUGGACAAGGUCGUCGACACGCGCAGCGUGUCCGUGAUCGAGAUCAAGUUGUCCAAGGACGCCUUGGACACAUUCGACAAGGGCUACCAGCCGCCUCUGGACGAGUCCCUCGUGAAGGAGUACACACCAGACGACCGCCCAGCUGGAGGCCGCGGAAAGGGCGCGGGACGCGGCAAGGGUCGAGGAAAGGGACGAGGAAAGGGAAAGGGAAAGGGAAAGGGAGAAGGGAAAGGCAAGGGCAAGGGAAAGACGACCACAUCAAAGGGAAAAGGCAAGGGCAAAGGAGAUUCUAAAGGAAAGAGCUCCAGCAAGGGCAAGGGAAAGAGCCGAAGCUACGACGACUAUGAGGACGAUUACGGCUACAGUGGCAAAGGCAAAAGCAAGGGCAAAGGAAAGUCGUCUGAGAAAGGCAAGAAAGGCUCGGACUACGGAAAAGGCGGCAAAUCCAAAGACGACAAGGGCAAGGGAAAAGGCAAGGACAAGGGAAAGACGAGCAAGAGCAGGGACUACUAUCAGGAUGACUACAGCUAUGGACAGAGCAAGGGCAAAGGAAAGUCCGGAUACUCAAGUUAUGAUUCAGGUUAUGAUGAUUACGGCUACGGAGGCAAGAGCAAGGGAAAGAGUAAGGGCACGAGCAAGAGCACCUCGGCGAACACCAUGGUUUGCACCCAGAGUUACGGAAGUGGCGGUCGCAGCUACAACAAUGACUGGGGAUAUGAGGACCUUCUGAUGGGACCGAGGCUAUUCGAGCCGCAAGGGGAGCAGCAAGGGACAGAGCAGGGGAUGGUACUGAGCACAGAGUUGCUCAAGCUUCAAGCUGACCAUGAGGCCUCACUGCAGGACAUCGCGACCUCCGAUGCUGAUGUUUCAUCGUGGAGGUCGCACUGGGACGCAGAGAACAACGGCCGUGAGGCCCUGGAGAAGGAUUUCAACGCUGCAAAGCAGGCUUUCAAUGGCGACCUUCUCACUCUCCAGGCCAUGUGCAACAUGCUGAGCGGGUGCAACGAAGAUUUGGAGCAGGAAAUUCGCCAAAUAUCAGGGGACUUGGUGCACAAGCGCCGUGCGACCAGGAGUCGUGAAGUUGAGAGCACGACACGACAGGCCGCCGCGGAGGCGCAGCUCAAGGAGUCUCAGGAGCUGCUGGUAAGCUGCCGAGAGCGCUUGCGUGAAGUGGCAGACCAGCGAGCUCGCGUGGCAUCAGAGGCUGAGGCACAGCGCCAGCAGGCCAUCGAGGUGUUGUCCGUCAUGGAAAGAAAUCUGGAGAACCAGGUGCAAAUCCUUUACACCGACCGAGAGCGCUACGAAGCGGUGUUGCUCAAUCAUCGGAGGGUGCAUGAGCAGGCGAAGGAGGAGUGCGAGCGCGAGAAGGAGCUCGCUUCGGCAGCGUUGAGGCAGGCCCGAAGUGAAAGUCGACAUCGCUUGGAAGGCAUGGAGAAAGAGAAGAUGAGGAUCGAGGAGAGCAGAAGGAGCGAGCUGGCCCAAGGUCACGAGGGUUGUUCUUGCGGAGUCAGUCCAACACCUGUGCCCGUCCACCUGCUGCAGAGCUCGACAAUGCCGUACCCUUUCUUCAUUUGGGCAGCCGCCUUCUUUGUAAUUCCGGCGAUUGGACUGGCCAUGGGCAUGCUAUGGGCAGCUUCCAUGAUAGGUCUGGUCUUCGUAGUGACCUACGUCAUUCUUCAAACACUCAAGGCAAAGGAUUCAGGCCAGGAGCUCGCAAGUGCCUUUGAACAUCGUACUGCCGCACCAUGUCCCACGGCAGAAAAUGCAAGGGUGGCCGCCGAAAUCGAGGCAGAGAUCCAGGCCGUGGCAGAAGCACAGGUUCUGCUGCCUGCUUCCCCUGCGGAAGCAUCUGAUAUGAUGGAGGAGGCGAAGACGGUGCUGACGUCUGCGCGUCAGCAGCUGCAAACUGUGGAGGCCGAAGCGAAGCAGCAAAGUGGCGGAUGGAUGGCCGUUUGCGAUGCACGUGAAAGAGUUCGCAGAGCGGAAGUGGACCUAGCAAAGGUCGAGUCCGUGGCCCGUCCAAUGCUGCCGUCCGGCGAAAGCCUCGAGGAGCCGGCCGCGGUGGAGCAAUCAGAGCCCUUGGAGGUCCCACAGACAGCCCGCAGCAGUUCUCAGCGGCUUGCAGUGCAGAUGUCUCAUCGGAGCUUUUCCAGUGCUGCUAGAUCCCUGCAGAUACAUCACCCGGCCGGUUUCACGAGAGCCACGAGGAGCGCAUCGAUCUCCGCGAGAGACGUCCUGCCAAGGGCGGCCCUGGUACUUCGCAAGUACGUCGACCACCGGCAACAGAGAUUGGAGGACAUGGAGCAGGACGUAGAGCGAGUACGAAGCCGACUUGUGGAAAGCGAGACCAGCCUCGGCUUCCUUCGGCAGGAAUGCCAGCGAGAGGAGAGGGAAAACCAGCGCUUGCAGCGAGAGCUGGAAGACGAGGUUCGACUCAUGGAAUCGCACCUGGAAAGAUUCCGCCGCGAUGACACCACCCUGGCGAAGAACUGGGAGGCUCAGCGCUUCCGUGCGGAUCAGGAGCGCCGAGACCUUCAUCAAAGCCUUGGGGAGCCCGUGCUCGGUGCUUCUUCCCCUGCACAGACCGGCUCAGGGAGACGCUGGUCCUCCUCGGAGCCGGUGACAGCCCGGUAG